AUGGAUUACGAAAAUCACCAACAGUCAGUUCCCAGUGAAGAUGCAUCCCGAAAGAAUGAAAAGGUCUCCAUGCCCUUGGACGAGAGUACUCUAUUGCCAUCUCAGGAACUAGAAAGUGAUUCUGCAACACCAAAUUCAGAAACUCAUAAAAAAGCAUCGCGACGCACUGGCGUCACUCAAACCAGGUUUCAGGAUCUGUCCAAGCACUGGGAGUGCUACAAAACAAAACCAUGGAAUAUGACCCUUUUGCUACUAUUGGGCACCGCCUUUGCCGUUGGGCACCACCUCUUCUACCUCAGUCUUGAUGGAAAAGCGGCCACAGAGCAAUCACUCAUGCUCCGAUAUGGAACCAUCCUUGCAUUUUGUGCCAAGGCUAGUUUUGGUACUGCAGCUGCUAUAGCUUUCCAACAAAGAGCCUGGCUAGUUCUUCGACACAAAAUGGCACGUCUCGAUACUGUGGAUUCUAUCUUCACUGCCAAUGCCGACAUCUUCUCCUUAUUAACAUGGUCAUCCAUCAAGAAGGCCAAGGUUGGCACUCUCAUAGCCAUCUACUGCUGGGUCACUCCGCUAGUUGUGGUGUUGACCUCCGAAACUCUAUCUGUUGUGGUCGGAUCGAGGGUGGAGAAUGGAACGUGCCCAAACGUCCGGACUCUGAACUUUGCAAAUGAAAAGUCAGCUUAUUGGCUCGACCCGAUCAUAAUCGAUGACCACCAUCUUAUCUCAGUGUCGCGAUGGAACUCGACCUUUCCAGGAAACCUAAUUAAUUCGACUGACCCUAAUGAGUUCGACUACUGGCAUGCCCCAUCUCGACAAUGGCAAGAUAUGCUCGCGUCCAGGGUUGCCUUAUCCAACGAACCUAUUGUCCGGAAAGGAGCAGCCGAUGAGAUCUGUUCCAAUAAUUGGAACUGUUCUUACGUCCUCAAUUUUGUCGCUCCAGGCUACAAAUGCGAAACACUUGCAUCCGGAAUAGACUCCAAAGUGCGAAAUCUUGGACAAGCAAGACCACCUUUUAACACGAGCGUCCUCGCACCAGUAGGAGAUACGGUAUACUACGCAUUGAACGACUUGGGCGAGUACCAGAACUCCCAGAUACCUUCUGAUAGCCAAGGAUUCCCGACCCAAGACCCUCCAUUCCCAAAGAGCCUGGGUGUGUUCAAAUCAGAGCCUAUCAUGUGGAUCGGCUAUUGUACUGUCGAAGAUUAUUCGAAACCACAACCAUUUGCCAGAGGUGGUGAAGACUGGGACAAUGCUUAUACUCCAAUUAUCAUCGGUUGCGAGCAUUACGAGGUCAACUAUACGAUUCAAUUUGAUUAUGUGGGAGGGGUUCAAUCGCACAAGGUUCUUCAUCGCGAGUACCUGGGAAAGGUACUCAAUACUACUCUCAUAUCAGAGACGGACCCGGACCGCAAUCUUACCGACCGAACGAAAGCGACUCCGGAACAAAACUACGUCUACCCUUCUAAUUUUGGUGAAUAUCGUCUUACCGCAGCUUAUCAUUCACUCGGUUACGCCCUCCGACACACCUUCAAUGGGACAACAGAAAUGCCACUAUUUGAUGUCAAGUCAAAUCUACUUCUUACCCCGUUAAUUAACCGAUUGAAUUAUCUUCCGGUAAAGAACUUGGACGAAGCAAUCAUAAAUAUGUAUGAGAAUAUGAUCGUUUCAUUAUUGGCAGAUCCCUCCUUCCAUGUGGUAUCAUGGGCUUCAAACGGUAAACCGUCAGGCUCGGCCAAAGGUGGACCAUCAACAAACUAUCCUUGCCAAAAGCAACAAUAUGUCAAUGUAUUUAAUUACAAUGCGGUCCAACUACUUACGGUAUAUGCGGCAAGUAUCGCGCUAGCCACAGCGGCGGUUUUACUGGGGCUGCAUGCCUAUCGGGAAGAAGGCAGAAUGCGCGAUAUGAAACCUUCAUCCAUCAUCGCAGCUUCGAGGGCAAUAAAACUCCAUGAGUUAGGCAUGGACGGAGAGGCCAGAAUUGGCUAUGGUUUCAUACAAGAGAGUGACAGGAGUGUGAGGAGUUUCGGCGUGGAAGGCAAAGUGGCACAACCACAACGACUGGAGAGAGGAUAA